AUGAGCGACAGCAAGCUCACUGGCGCAAAGGUCGCCGAACAUAACUCCAAAGAUUCCUGCUGGGUCAUCGUGCACGGAAAAGCCUAUGAUGUAACCGAAUUUCUCCCUGAACACCCCGGUGGCCAGAAGAUCAUUCUCAAGUAUGCCGGCAAAGAUGCGACCGAAGAGUUCGACCCCAUUCACCCGCCCGACACCCUGGACAAAUUCUUGGAUGCGUCAAAACACCUGGGCCCGGUGGACAUGGCCACCGUCGAACAAGAAGAGAAGGCCUUUGACCCGGAGGAGGCCGACCGCCAAGAGCGCAUUGCCCGCAUGCCCUCCCUCGCGGCUUGCUACAAUCUGAUGGACUUUGAAGCGGUGGCCCGCCAGGUCAUGAAGAAGACCGCAUGGGCAUACUAUUCAAGCGGAGCUGACGACGAGAUUACAAUGCGCGAGAACCAUGCAGCCUUCCACAAAAUCUGGUUCCGGCCCCGAAUUCUCGUUGAUGUGGAACACAUUGAUAUGAGCACAACAAUGUUAGGCACCAAAUGCUCGAUCCCAUUCUACGUCACAGCAACCGCCCUCGGAAAACUUGGCCACCCAGAAGGUGAAGUAGUCCUCACCAAGGCCGCGCACCGGCACAACGUAGUGCAAAUGAUCCCCACUCUAGCCUCGUGCUCGUUCGACGAAAUCGUCGACGCCAAGCAAGGCGACCAAGUCCAAUGGUUGCAGCUAUACGUAAACAAAGACCGCGAAAUCACGCGCAAAAUCGUCGAGCACGCCGAGAAGCGCGGCUGCAAGGGCCUCUUCAUUACCGUGGACGCGCCUCAGCUCGGCCGUCGCGAGAAGGACAUGCGCUCCAAGUUCUCCGAUCCCGGCUCGAAUGUCCAAUCCGGCGGCGAUGAUAUUGAUCGGUCACAGGGCGCUGCUCGCGCCAUCUCAUCUUUCAUCGACCCCGCUCUGUCAUGGAAGGACAUCCCCUGGUUCAAGUCGAUCACCAAGAUGCCGAUCGUGCUCAAGGGCGUACAGUGCGUUGAGGACGUCCUGCGCGCCGUCGAGGCUGGCUGCGACGGUGUGGUCCUCUCCAACCACGGAGGACGACAGCUUGAGACUGCCCGCUCAGGCAUCGAAGUACUAGCUGAGGUGAUGCCUGCGCUCCGUGAGCGGGGCUGGGAGAAGCGCAUCGAAGUCUACGUUGACGGCGGAGUGCGUCGCGCAACUGAUAUUCUCAAGGCGUUGUGUCUCGGCGCAACUGGUAUCGGUAUUGGCCGGCCAUUCUUGUAUGCGAUGUCUGCUUAUGGUCUUGAUGGUGUUGAUCGGGCGAUGCAAUUGCUCAAGGAUGAGAUGGAGAUGAACAUGCGGUUGAUUGGUGCUACGCGUGUUGAGGAUCUCAAUCCUAGUCUCCUCGAUACGCGUGGGCUGUUGGCUGGCCAUAAUGGUGUUGUGCCUUCUGAUACACUUGGGCUUGGUGCUUAUGAUCCUUUGGAGGCUCCAAGGUUCAGUGAGAAGUCGAAGUUGUAG